AUGAAGGUAAAGAUUGUGAGCAGGAAGUUGAUCAAACCAGGCACUCCAACUCCUCAAAAUCUGCGCACCUACAAGAUUUCAAGCAUGGAUGAGCUUAAUCCAACUAUGUAUGUCAUUGGCAUUCUCUACUAUUCAUCCAGUCCCAAUAUCGGACACUUGGAAAACUCACUGGCCCAAAUCUUGCCCCAGUUUUACCCUUUUGCUGGAAGAUACAUCAAAGAGGAUCACUUAGUCAAUUGUAGCGAUCAAGGUGCCGAAUUCGUAGAAGCUGAAGUCGACUGUGAUCUACUUGAAAUUACAGGUUCCGGAGCUGAACGUGGUGAGCUAAAUGAUCUCCUUCCACUCGAAGUUGGUGCAGCUGAUCAAUUGACAGAUCCCAUUUUAUCAGUUCAAAUAACCAAGUUUGAAUGUGGUGGGACGGCCAUUGGAACAUGCAUUUCACAUAGAUUAAUUGAUGCUUGUUCACUUGGCACGUUCUUAUCUGCUUGGUCAAAGGCCAGCCUAGGAGACAAAGGUGAACCUAUUAUCCCAAAUUUUGAUUUCCCAUUAUAUUUUCCGGCUGAAAAUUUAGGUAUCCUUGAUUUUGGUAUCGAAAGAACUAGGGAUACUAAACAUGUCUCGAAAAAGAUUUUGUUUGAUAAGAAGGCUAUAGCAACUCUAAGAGACGGGGUGAGCCAUUUGUUCAAAAACAAUGAACGUCCAGCCUCAAGGGUGCUCGUCGUCACUGCCUUUUUAAUGGAGGCUCUUUUACGGUCUGAUCGAGCAAAACAUGGGCAACCUCGGCCUUUCAUUAUGGCGCAAGCAGUUAACAUUCGAGAAAGAACCAUUCCACCUCUGUCCAAAUAUUCUAUUGGAAACUUAGUGUCGCUGGCAACGCUGGAUUACAGUGCAGAUGAAAGCAAGAGCAUGGACUACGAACGCUUCGUAACUCUACUGGCUGAUUCUGUGAAGAAAGCCGUUUCCGACUGUACCAAGAUAUUCUCUAAUCGUGAGGAUGGACACAAGAUCAUGGUCGAUUUUAUGGUAAGUACAAGUGAAAAAACACUUGAUAGUAGCAUAAACGGCAUAUGGUUUACUGAUUGGUCUAAGUUCAGCUUUUAUGAAGCUGAUUUCGGUUUUGGAAAACCUAUUUGGACAAGCACUGCAAAUAUUCCGAUAAAAAACCAUGUCACACUGUUGAAUACCAAAGAGAACGAUGGAAUUGAAGCAUGGGUGAAUUUGCAUGAGGAAGACAUGGUUUAUUUCGAACGAGAUGAGGAAAUCAUGAAGUUAACCACUUAG